UUCCUCCCUGAGCAGUAACAGCCAUGACUCCUUCGUGUUUUUCUGGGAUCAAUAGAGAAGGAAUCCCUGGGUCAUCCCAAAGGUGCAACCCAGUCCUCCUCCAGCACUCAUAGACUUGCAUAAAUAGCUUGCGCCUCAGAGCACCUCUAUCUACUGAGAGGCAAGUGCGAUAAUCUUACUGUAUCUGCUCAGGGUAUUCCCACUUGACAAGUCUCGCUCCUGCUUUGUUUCGAGUGCAGUUUGGACGCGCAAAACGCAUUCUUUUGAUUUGAUCUUCGCCUUUGGUUGUAAAAAAUGCUCUCAAAGGAGAAAGAUGCUGACAAUUGUGCCGUUUUUGUGGCCAACGGAGGGCAGAAGAAACUGAAAGAAACGGAGGAACGGGGCUACUGGAGCACGAAAGCCGAGUUUAUUCUCACGGUGAUGGGUGCAAUCAUUGGACCGGGGAACGUUUGGAGAUUUCCUUAUCUGUGUUACAAAAACGGUGGAGGUGUGUUUUUCAUCCCGUAUAUUUUGUUCAUGGUCUUUUGCGGGAUCCCCUUGUUCUUCCUUGAGACCGCUAUGGGACAGUACACCAACCAGGGUGGUAUAACGUGUUGGAAAAAGGUUUGCCCACUUUUUCAAGGCAUCGGCUAUGCGAGUCACCUUAUCAUUGCAUUCGGCGCCACCUCCUACAUUACGAUUAUCGCUUGGGCGUUUUUUUAUCUGUUCUCCUCCUUUAGUGCCGAGUUGCCUUGGGCCACAUGUGGAAACGACUGGAACACAGACUCAUGCGUGGACAUCAGCAUUGCAAAUCUGAGCCUCGGCGUCACACACAGGGAGAACAUCACACUGCCUGUUGUAGAAUUUUGGGAGCGCAGAGUGCUGAAGAUCUCCCGUGGGAUUGAGGAGGUGGGAAGCUUGAGGUGGGAGCUGGUCUUGUGUCUCAUCCUGGCAUGGGUCAUCUGCUACUUUUGCAUUUGGAAAGGGAUCAGAUCCACAGGGAAGGCAGCCUACUUCACAGCUACUUUCCCCUACGCGAUGCUGCUUGUUUUACUCAUACGCGGUGUGACGUUACCAGGGGCAAUGGAGGGAAUUAUUUUCUACAUCUACCCUGACGUAUCGCGCUUAUCAGAUCCACAGGUGUGGUUGGAUGCCGGCACUCAGAUCUUCUUCUCUUAUGCCAUCGGCCUCGGGUUCCUGACCUCGCUUGGCAGUUACAAUACUUACAACAACAACUGUUACAAGGAUUGCGUCUACCUGUGUUUACUGAACAGCGCCACCAGUGUUGUGGCAGGUUUUGCCAUUUUCUCCGUCUUGGGAUUCAUGACCUACGAGCAAGGCGUCGGUAUUGCAGAGGUGGCCGAAUCAGGUCCAGGACUGGCCUUUAUUGUUUAUCCCCGUGCUGUGGCCAUGAUGCCCGUGCCGCAGGUGUGGGCCGUGUGUUUCUUCCUCAUGCUCAUUCUACUCGGCUUGGAUAGUCAGUUUGUCGGUCUGGAAUGUCUGAUGACAUCACUGGUGGAUCUCUACCCGUCUUACCUACGUCAAGGCUACAGACGUGAGCUGGUUCUUCUGGCCAUCUGCACCGUGUCCUUUCUGCUGGGACUUUCUCUGGUGACGGAGGGAGGGAUGUACCUGCUCCAGCUGGUGGAUUUCUACGUCUGCAGUGGGACCACCCUGCUCCUGCUCUCCAUCUGCCAGUCUGUCAGCAUUGCUUGGCUCUAUGGGGCUGAGCGUUUCUAUGGGAACAUCACAGAUAUGAUUGGCUAUCGUCCUUCUCCGCUCAUGAAACUCUGCUGGUGCUACUUCACUCCAUGUUUAUGUUUUGGCACCUUUAUCUUCUCCAUAGUCCGAUUUUCUCCCCUGAAGUUCAGUCACACUUAUGUUUAUCCACUUUGGGCCAACAUCCUGGGCUGGUUCUUGGCCACCAUCUCCCUGAGCCUCAUACCUCUGUUUGUGCUCUACAAGCUCCUAAAUGGAGAGGGCACCCUUCGUCAGCGAUUCCUGAUCCUUUGCCUUCCCGAAGAUGACCUGAAAUGUCUUCCCCAGCUGAGAGACAAAGUCGUCGCUCCAGUAACUGAACUCAUAUCUUUGUCUGGUGAAGUGGAAGUUAACAAGUGACCGAGUACGCAAAAAAAAACUAAGUGAACUACCGUAAUUUUUGGACUAUAAGUCGCACCGGAGUAUAAGUCGCACCAGCCAUAAAAUGCCCAAAAAAGUGAAAAAACAACAACAUAUAUAUGUAUAUAAGUCGCUCCUGAGUAUAAGUCGCCCCCCCAACCAAACUAUGAACAAAAACGCGACUUAUAGUCCGAAAAUUACGGUACAAAAGGCAAAUACGUGACAUUUCACUUUAGUGUGAGCCCGUUGCAAGAACAUUACAAAGGGGCAAGAGUGUCAGGAAAUAAUAAUCUUCUUUUGAAAUGAAUCCGCCUUACAAGAUAAGCCCUGCCAACAGUGUAUGGUAGCAUUUUUUUUUAACUUGGUUCUCUGCUGGACUACACAACAAACCUGGAUGUUUUCAUACUGAAUUAGUCUUAAGGUUCUUUUUUAUAAAAGUAAUAUUUGUGUUGACUUUUUAUUUUUGCUGAGAAAAACAAUUUACAUACUGAGGCCAUGUCUAAAUGUUGCCAUUUUUUUAUUUUUUUUAAAGGAAUAUUUCCCCCUCUCUGGCACUCUUUUGUUAAAAAAAAAAGAAAAAAUCGUUUUAAAUAUUAAACUUUUUUUUUUUAAACUCUCUGGGGAUGUGUGGAUGGCAGGGAAAACCGCAGAAAAAUAUCACCUGUUUGCAAAAAAAAAAAAAAGCCAUGAGUGUUUUGCUCUGUGCUUGAAUGUAAUAAGACAUGUAUAUAUAAAGUAACGAUAAAGAACAAAGCUUACUUGAUCACAACAAAUCAAAAUGAAAAGACCAUCUGAAAAAUAUUUGCACGCUAAUAAAGUAAAGCCAGACAUAACAUUUGAAAAUAAAAGACCAUUUAUUGUUUUUCCUGAUGGCCGUCUGGUAGAAAAAGUACAGAAUCUGGUGUAAUAAUUUAAACACUGUAUAAAUAAAGCAUCUCUUGGGACAAAGCAGAGAAAGGUUGAAUCGAGGCAAGUGGUGCUCUUGUUUCUUGCAGAUUCUUCCUCAGUUCUGAAACUUUCAUGUGGAUUCCCUCUAUUUGUGUUCUCCAGGCAUGGUUGACGAGAGUCACAAGAACCUGGGACAUUCCAUCAAGUCCACUUGCCUUCAUUUAACCUUUCCCGAGUACUCGUACAGGAAUAAAAAAAAAAAUCCCGUCAGGUUGUUAUUGUUCCAAUAAAAGUCUGCUCGAUUGGCAUUCAUGCUUCGUUUUUAUGGAUAAGAUUUUAUUUGUCAUCCGUUCCUAAGGUGUUAGUCGGCUGGCAGUCCUGAUGGCAAGGUGUGCUUAAGACUUGUUCACACAAGUUUAACACUAUUCAAAUAAUUCAAUAGUUGGGCUAAGAAUUACCAAUGCAGGAGCUUUACAGAUCCUCAUUGAAAGCAUUAGUUGAC